AUGGAGGAUAGAGGAGGGUCGUUCGUCGCUGUCAGAAGGAUAUCUCAAGGUCUGGAGCGUGGCAACAGCGCCUGCCAUUCAAGUUCUGCCGAGGUUGUAGCAGGGUCUGCUGCAUGGCUUGGUCGUGGCCUUUCUUGCGUUUGUGCUCAAAGAAGAGAGAGUGAUUCCCGUCCCUCAUUUGAUUUAACCCCUGCUCAGGAAGAAUGCUUGCAGCAGUUGCAGAGUCGUAUAGAUAUACCAUAUGAUAGUUCAGUUCAUGAGCAUCAGGAAGCUCUGAGGGCAUUAUGGAAUGCUGCUUUCCCUGAAGAGGAGCUAUGUGGUUUGAUUUCUGAGCAAUGGAAGGAGAUGGGUUGGCAGGGGAAGGAUCCGUCCACAGAUUUUAGGGGCGGUGGGUUCAUAUCAUUGGAGAACUUGUUAUACUUUGCUAGGAAUUUCCCGCAAUCAUUCCAGGAUCUUCUUCAAAAGCGAGAAGGAGACCGUUCGGUUUGGGAAUACCCAUUUGCUGUAGCUGGUGUGAAUAUCACAUUCAUGCUAAUUCAGAUGCUUGAUCUGGAAGCAGUCAAGCCCCGGAGUUUGGUAGGAGCAACUUUUUUGAAGUUCCUCACUGAGAAUGAAUCAGCGUUUGAUCUCCUAUACUGCAUCACAUUCAAGCUAAUGGAUCAGCAAUGGCUUACCAUGCAUGCAUCAUACAUGGACUUCAAUGCUGUUAUGAAAUCUACACGAAGACAACUGGAACGGGAACUUUUGGCAGAAGACAUAACACGGCUUGAAGAACUACCCUCGUACAGCCUUCUUAAACGGUAG